UAGAGAAGACCUGUCCCUGGUAGAGCGUCGUGUCGCUCCCGUGUGACGCCACCAGGACGCUGCGCGCUGGAGGCUUUCCCCGCCCACCUCGGCGUUGCUCUUUCUUUCCGGACUAGGCCGAGCUGUAGGCGCCAUCAUGGGAGUCGACAUACGCCAUAACAAGGACCGAAAGGUUCGGCGCAAGGAGCCCAAGAGCCAGGACAUCUACCUAAGGCUGUUGGUCAAGUUGUACAGGUUUCUGGCUAGACGAACCAAUUCUACCUUCAACCAAGUGGUACUGAAGAGGUUGUUCAUGAGUCGCACCAACAGGCCACCUCUCUCCCUCUCCCGGAUGAUCCGGAAGAUGAAGCUUCCUGGCCGAGAAAACAAAACAGCUGUGGUCGUGGGGACCAUAACAGAUGAUGUUCGUGUUCAGGAGGUGCCCAAACUGAAGGUGUGCGCACUGCGGGUGACCAGCCGAGCCCGUACCCGAAUCCUCAAGGCUGGGGGCAAGAUCCUCACCUUUGACCAACUGGCCCUGGACUCCCCCAAGGGCCGUGGCACGGUCCUACUGUCUGGUCCUCGCAAGGGCCGAGAGGUGUACCGGCAUUUUGGCAAGGCUCCUGGGACCCCACACAGCCACACUAAACCCUAUGUCCGCUCCAAGGGCAGGAAAUUCGAGCGUGCCAGAGGUCGGAGGGCCAGCCGUGGGUACAAAAACUAACCCCAGAUUUACUGUUAAUAAAGAGGCUUUGAAUUUGA